AUGUACGAGAGCUCCUGCUCGUACCAAGGUGCCCUUGAACUGAAAAGGAGCGCCUCAGCCACUUGCCCGCUUGGCAUCAAAACUGAGGACUUCGGCUCAGCAGCCGACUGGCCCACGAUCGAAGUGGGUUUUUCGGAAACACUAGUGCUUUCAGUGACUUGUACAAUGUUUCCACUGGACGAUCUCAAGACAAUGCUCAAGAUGGUUCAAGCAGACUGCGGGACAAUAAUGAAAUCGACAUCAAGCGAUCUGAUGGUGCACGCCUUAGAUUCUAUUCCCAUCCUGUCGUCUGUGUCGACUAGGCGGCCAAUAUAUCAAUUAGCGGCACCCGCUAACCAGCAGGGCGUGGCGAACACAAUAUAG